CAGCCUGUUAACUGGGAGAGUUCAGUAGCUGGGAGAGUUCAGUGGGGCCGAAGGGAAGAUCCCGGAGAGAUGCUGCUCUCUGUGACGGCGCACUCGCAACUAUCAAGGCAAUAGUUCACACAGGAUGGAUAAUAACGACAGAUAUCGGCACCUAAGUUCCCCCGGGCCCAUGAACUCACCCCCCACCCAGCCGCCCAUGAGCUCCAUGUUGGGACAUCCUUCCGUUAUCAGCACUUCGACAGCCCCUUCUCGGCACCAUUCCUCCCCCGCAGGCGUUAUCGGUUCCCCCAUGAACGGGUUAGCCUCCCCCUACUCUGUCAUCACCUCAUCGCUUGGUUCCCCAUCCGUCUGUCUGCCUUCCGCUCCUGGAAUCGGCUUUGGGACCCUAAACAGUGCACAGAUCAGUUCGAUGAAUGUCUGCAACACGGCGGAUGUGAAACCACCUCUCACCCUGGGGAACCUGAACAGCUAUCAAUGUGCCAGUCCUGGGUCCCUGACCAAGCACAUCUGUGCCAUCUGUGGGGACCGAUCCUCAGGGAAGCAUUACGGCGUGUACAGCUGCGAGGGCUGCAAGGGCUUCUUCAAGAGGACCAUUAGGAAAGACCUCACCUAUACAUGCCGGGACUGCAAGGACUGCCUGAUCGACAAGCGCCAGAGGAACCGCUGCCAGUACUGCCGCUACCAGAAGUGCCUCGCCAUGGGGAUGAAGAGGGAAGCAGUACAGGAGGAGAGACAGAGAGGAAAAGAUAGGAGUGACAGUGAGGUGGAGUCCACCUAUGGCUUCAACGAGGACAUGCCUGUGGACAAGAUCCUGGAUGCGGAGCUGGCUGUGGAGGCGAAAACGGAAAGCUGCGUGGGCGGUAGUCCUGGCAACUCGUCCAAUGACCCUGUUACCAACAUUUGCCAGGCAGCAGACAAGCAGCUCUUCACGCUGGUGGAGUGGGCGAAGCGAAUUCCGCACUUCUCUGAGCUACAGCUGGACGAUCAAGUCAUUCUCCUCCGAGCAGGUUGGAAUGAGCUGCUCAUAGCCUCCUUCUCUCACCGCUCCGUCAGUGUGAAGGAUGGCAUCCUGCUGGCCACUGGCUUGCACGUGCACCGUAACAGUGCCCACAGCGCCGGGGUGGGCUCCAUCUUUGACAGAGUUCUCACAGAACUGGUGUCCAAGAUGAAAGACAUGCAGAUGGACAAGACAGAGCUGGGAUGCUUGCGAGCUGUCAUCCUCUUCAACCCAGAUGCGAAAGGGCUGUCCAACCCAGCUGAGGUCGAGAGUCUGAGAGAGAAGGUGUAUGCAUCCUUGGAGUCCUACACCAAGCAGAAAUACCCGGAGCAACCUGGUCGGUUUGCCAAACUCCUGCUCCGUCUGCCUGCCCUGCGCUCCAUCGGACUGAAAUGUCUCGAGCACCUUUUCUUCUUCAAACUGAUCGGCGACACCCCCAUCGACACCUUCCUCAUGGAGAUGCUGGAGGCCCCGCAGCCGCCUACGUGACACAGGCCCCAGGGCUCUUUGUAAAUAUUAUGCACUCGCUGUAAUUGAUGUAAAGGUUAAAGUCACCUCAGCUGUAAACUAUUUUUUUGUACGGGGCAUAAUUAAUAAUGCAAGAUUAAAUUUAGGAGGGCAAAAAAGUUUCGUUGAAAGGAAUUUCAUAGAAUUGUAAAAACUUUUCUUCCUGUAAAUAGUUAACGUAACAUCAGGUCAAUGCAACGUCGAAGCCAAUGUUAUGAAAUGAACGCUGUAUUAAAAUUAAUUUUCUUAAACUCGAGGUAGCACAGUGGUUUGCUGUGUAGUAGUCUUACCUUUCACCUCCAAGUUUGGGGGGUCAGAUCCCACCACUGCUGUUUGUGUGUGUGUGUGUGUGUGUGUGUGUGUGUGUGUGUGUGUGUGGAGUUAGCAUUUCUCCCCUUGUCAUGUGGGUUUCCUCCUGCAGUCCAAAGACAGAUUGUUAGAUUUUACUGCCAUCUCGAAUUUUCCAUAGUCUAUGCUUGCAUGCUCUAUGUUGAACUGGUAUCCCAUCCAGGGUGUGUGUACCCCUGCCUUGUACCCUGUGCUGCCUGAGUCCCAUCCCAGCCCCCCCGUGACCCCGCUCUGGUUAAGCAAAUGGAAGAUGGACGGGAGUAUUAAACUGGACAAUAUUUACUGUUAUGGAAUUUGUCAUAUGAUUGUGUCAAAAUAAAAUUAUUUAAACUUU